UAGGCGCAUUUUUACAUCAAAUAUUUUUAGUUUCAUUUCAUUCUAUUAUUUUUCAUUGUUUCAUUCAUUUUGAAAGAUUGGUGAUUUUUUUAUCAAGUUAUCCUGCUGCCUCCGACCAUGAAUGACUCAGAUGACAAUAUUGCUUUGCGAGGAAACAAUUGAAAGUGAACCAGAGAGUCAAGUUUCCUUUGCCGGUGCCACACUUCAUUUAAAUAGUCAUCAGGAUGCAAUUCCUAUCAUCACCGCUAUUCAGGAUUGCCCUAAUCUUAAAUCUUUCAAUUUGGAAGGAAACACUCUGGGUGUCGAAGCUGCGGAAGCUAUUUCUGAUGCUUUAGCAUCUAAGCAUAGCCUUACUCAUGCCAUAUUGAAGGAUAUUUUUACCGGCCGAUUGAAAGACGAGGUACCACCAGCAGUUAGAUCAUUGAUGAAAGGUAUUCUCUCUUCUUCUGCUCGUUUGGUUGAACUAGACCUCAGUGACAAUGCGUUUGGACCUAUUGGUAUGGAAGCCUUGGCUCCUUUUUUGGAGAGUGAUUCAUGCGAAGAUUUGAAAAUACUGCGUCUAAAUAAUAAUGGUGCAAGAAUCAAGUUAAUUUUGACAACUUACGUUCACUUCUAGUUUACCAGAUAAUGUUUUAAAAGAGUCUGAUUUGUUAAUCAAAAGAUUAAUUGAGAAAAGACCUUCUUAUGAAUUCUUAUUAGGGUCUUCUUAUGCAUCAGCUCAAACUUUAUUAUCUCACUUGGGUUUGAUCAAGAGUGAAGAAGGAUACCACGAAAAAACCCGAGACUUAAGAGGUCCAUUGAUUGCGUUGACUAAUUGUCGUGGUUAUUUGAAAAAAUUUCAAGUCGAUGCUUUACUAUCUUCUCUUGGACGAAUUCUUAU